GAGAGGAGGUGGUGGGGGGGGAUAAUGGCGUUGAUUAGAGACAGCGCUGUGUGCUCGGGUUACACAGGCGGAGCGCGAGGAAAGCUGGACACUCACCGCGAGCUGGACAUUACCCUUAUUAUUAAAGGUGGACUGUGACACGGCGUUAAAACGUGCGCGGGGUUUGUUUGGUUUUGCGCGCGUGACGUGAGAAGCGGAUUUAGUGGUGUGUGUGGAGCUUUACGCGCGUGCUGUAUCCGCCAAAAAGGAAGAGAAGAAGAAGAAGAAAAAAAAGGAGUGUGACUUAACCAGUGAGGAAUGAUCCUCAUUACAGCGGCUGUCAUGUCCUUAUACUGGGACUGGCUUUAAAAAUCCUCUAGUGUGUGUGUGUGUGUGUGUGUGUGUGUGUGUGUGUGUUUACGUGCCGCAGCUGCAGGUUUGGGUCAAAGCCAGGAGCUAGAACCAGAUCCCAGCUUGAACCAGGAGGAGAUCAUCUUCAUCAUCAUCUUCAUCAUCAUCAGAUUCUAAUUGGAACCCAGAGAGGAGCAUGCAUCCUCGUCGCGGUGUGUGUGUGAGCUCGCGCUCUGCUCAACAACACCAGCAGGAUCUGUAGAAGAAGAAGAAGAAGGUCGAGGAGGAGCUCCAUGAUGUUCUCUGUGCGCAUUGUGUGUGCUGAUUAUUACCUGUCCAGGCCUCUGCAGCUGCUGGACGUCUGCUUCUCCCAGUUCAGGGACGCAGAGGUGCACAGAGUACCUGUGGUGCGGAUAUUCGGGGCCACACCGGCAGGUCAGAAGACAUGUCUGCACGUGCAUGGCGUGUUUCCGUACAUCUACGUGCCCUAUGAUGGCUUUGGGCAGGAGGCGGAGCGUUACCUGCGACAGGUGGCCUUCAGCAUCGACCGAGCCGUCAACGUCAGCAUGGGAAACCCGUCCUCACACACACAACACGUCUUCAAGAUCACACUCGUCUCCGGCAUGCCAUUCUAUGGAUUUUACCCCCAUGAGAAGCCAUUUAUGAAGAUUUACCUCUAUAACCCUCAGAUGGUUAAAAGAGUGUGUGAGCUGCUGCAGGGUGGAGCUGUGAUGAAUAAGUGUUUCCAGCCUCAUGAGGCUCACAUCCCAUUCCUGCUGCAGUUCUUCAUCGACUUCAACCUGUACGGGAUGAACCUCAUCCACCUGUCAGUGGUGCGCUUCAGACGGCACACAGCAGACCCCACUGAGCAGUCUGUAGAAGAUGACAGUACACUGAAAAGCUCCAGGCUCAGUGAGAGUGUGUUAGGAGGAACGUUUGCUCGCUGGGAUGAGAAUCAGUUACCCAGCUCUUUGGUGUUGGAACAUGUGGAGAGGGUGAGUGUGUGUGAGCUGGAGGCCGACGCUGUAGCAGCAGACAUCCUGAAUCGACUGGAGAUCGAGAAUCAGAUCGGAAGGAAUCCCGGCCUGCAGGCCAUCUGGGAAGAUGAGAAGCAGAGACGGAGAGAGAGGAACGAGAGCUCACAGAUAGAAACACCUCAGUCUCAGGAUCGUCCGUGCAUGGAGCCGGUGGAGAGCGAGAGGUUCUUCAUGAAGAGGUUAAAGGAGAAGCUAAGAGAGAACCAGUUUGAUGUGACACAGAGUGGCGUUGUAGCUGAUGAUGAAGAUGAAGAGGGAGUUGAUGAGGAUUUCCCUGACCUCUCCCUUCAUGCAGAUGAUCUGAGUCCUGGUGAUCCACCACCAGCAAGCCAGGUGGAGGUGCACAAAGAUAUGCCCACAGACAAUAAAUGGUCUGAUGCCAAAGCUGCAGAAGUGGCUGUUGUGGAUGAAGAGGCCAUCUUGAGCUUGUUGGAGAGCAGUCAGACAUUCUUGCCCAUGUCUCAAAAGUCCAACAAGUCCCUUCUUCUCAAUAACAGUCAGGAUCAAGCGAUGGUGGACUUUCUCGAGGGACUUGCAGAUCAUCGAUUUCAAAAAGAUGUUCCUAUAACCGCCCCUCGUCAGGAGAUAUCAGGAAGUCUUAGCUGCCCCUACAACAGUGAUGAAGAAGAGGCAGUGCCUGAGCUGGAGAAAGAAGAAGCAGAUCUGAGCAUGAUGAUGUCGCAAAGAUGGGAUACGGAUAUUCCAGAACCGCCUGCUCGUCGGCUAGAAGCACAUGAAAGCUUGAGUGAAGAAGAGCAUGAGAUGUCGGAGGAAGAGAUGGACUGGAGUGGAAACAACAAUAUUUUUGCUGAUCUGUCUAUUCCCCAACUGGAUGGGGCUGCAGACGAGAGCAGCGAUUCAUCGUUAUCUGACAAAGGAUCCCGAACCCACUCAUCUCUUACUGCUAACGAUAAGUUGUUGGGCAGGAAAAAUCAUUUCCAGAGUGAAACUGGUCACCUAGAACCCCCAUCCUCACCUAAAAUCCUUCUCGAGUGCAAACACCCUGACCAUAGACAGUCCCUGUCACUUGAUAAGGAGGAACCAGGUGACAAGAACCUUCCUGAUAAAAGUCAGGAAGCUAGUGAACCAUUAACAGGGUUCAAAGUGAAUAAAGACAUUCCUUAUAUCCCUCCAGUCAAGCACCCAAUUCCUUCAAAUAUGUCCCCGGUUGGUACUGACAGAAUGGGCGGGUACUCGCAUUACACAGACGAGAACAAAGCUGGAGGUGUGAACCAGCCAGAUCCUGAAUGUUUGAGUUUUGGAACCUCAAAGCACUCCCAAAGCUGCAAAAAGUAUAGUAACGUGAAAAAUGCUGAGAAGAAUCACAUUUCCGUCUUGCAGAAUCACAGUAUUUCUUUGUGCUAUUCUGAGCUUAGGAACUGCUCACCUAAAACCGAGCUGGAGAAAAGUCCAAAAGACUCUAGAACCUCCCCCAUGCUGAGGAAUAUAGAACAAGCUCCAAGCAUAGUGAAAGGUCUUGAGUGUCUGGUACCUCAGGAGGGUAAAAUGGAGCAGGACGGUGAAGAAGGUGAUGUUGGGGAGCUUAAGAUCAGAUACGAAGACUACCAGGAAAACAAAACAGAAAGGAAAAUAGUAGCCCAACAGGAGGCACACUACAAAUUCUUUCCCAGUGUUAUUCUCUCAAACUGCCUCUCCAGGCCUUUGAAGAAGCAGGUCAGAAGUAAGACGGUCGAUGGCGCUUGUAGCUUGGAUCAUUUGGAGCAAAAAAGGUCAAGAAUGAAGUUAAACAAGAAGAGGAACAGUCCAUCAAGUCAAAAGAGAGCAAGUCUGACCGAAUGUUCACAAACUUCCGAAAUUGAUGUUGCUACAGGUUUGACCCUAAUCACACCAGUCCAGCCAAGCAAGGAAAUGGAGGAGAAUGCUGAGAUGGAAACCUCAGAACUCGUGAAAUCUGAUGAAGUUUCAGCUGAAGGUUCUAUUAAGAAAAGUCCGCCAGAUCUUCCUGACAAAAUAGCAUGCACUGAAGUGUCUAGUUUACCUGGCAGCAAGUAUACCUUACGCACAAAACGUAAAAUGAUCAGUUACGACAGCGAAGAUGGUGAACGCUUGAGUCCUCCUUCUUUCAAACAAGCUUUGGCACAUCGAGACAGCCUUAAAGAAAACCAUUUGCUCACCAGUGGUCGAAAAAAGAGGAAGUUGUCUAAAAAAGAGCCACCGGUCAUCAUCAAAUACAUUAUAAUCAACAGGUUUAAAGGCCAAAAGAACAUGUUGGUAAAGAUGGCCAGGAUCAAAGGAGAUGAGCCACAAGUGGUACUAACACCACAGAAGCUUGAGCAUUAUGAUAAGCUUGCCCCUCUGAAAGACUUCUGGCCCAAGGUUCCAGAGUCGACAGCUGUCCGUUAUCCUGUUCCUGAACCAAAGGUAAAGAAACACCCCAAACGGAAGGCCAAGGUCACACUACAAUCAGGGAAACUUGCCAACCUUCCUAAAACAAGCUUCAUAAAAGGCCACAAGAUCAGCAAGACUAAGAAAGUUAAAAGGUUAUCUUUAACAAAGCUGCCUGCUCCUAGGCCUUGUUAUAAUGAUCUCACUGAUGACUUCUGCAGAGAGUAUUCUGACGUACUGAUGGAUUUGGGUUAUCUCUCUGAAAGAGCACCCAGUCCUACUGAUUCAACCCCACCUCGAUGCUGGUCUCCAACUGACCCCCUUUUAGAGUCAGACUCGAAUGCUUGUUUAAUAAACCCUCACAGUGAUCCUUGUUUUAGCUUGCCUUGUAAAGGCACAUCCAGAAACCAUUGUGGUAGUAGGGGAAGGGCAGCUAAACCAAGGAAACCUUCUGGUGCUAGCCCAAAACAGAAAACUAAAUCUGCUAUUAAGCCAUCUGAGGGUGAAAUGGUACCUGGAGAAACAUCAAAAAACAAUCGAAGAACUUCAAGAAAGCCAAAGAAAGACGUUGAUAUUCGGGAAGAAACUGACAAAUCUGCUCCUCAGAAAAACAGGAGGUCUUGCAAGAAAAAACAGGUAGAGAGAUUGGAAAGGUCUUCUGUGGUUUCAGGACCUCUAAAUAGUUCACAGUCUUUAUAUCCAGUUGAUGACCUUCCAUUAACACAAACACUAUCUGAUGAUUUGUCUCCAUAUCAGCACCCAGGUUCCUGCCAAAAAGAUCUUGAGGUCAGUAGUGAUUCUCAAGCACUACCGUAUACCACUGAACCAAAAUCUGAGUCUGUCCAUUCGAACACUGGUGAUGAACUGGACAGCAGUGUUCCUGCUUCAAUACACGGUUCUCAGUCUUCUCAGAGGACUGCUAAUCCUUCUGCAUUACCAUGCUCAGUCAUAAAACGCAGCAACACCAACUCGGGUUCACUCACUGCAAAUGAUGAUGGAGCCAGUUUAUGUGAAUUUAAAACUGAGGCUUUUGGUGGAAAACAAACUCCUAAAGAUGUUCAUUAUUCACAGCCAGACCCAAAGAUGCCUGCCAAACCCAGGAGACGUCAGGCCAAAAAGAAUGUAGAAAACACUUCGGUUCAAACCCAUGAAAUUACGACACCCUUGAAUGUUUUAAUGCACGGACCUCAAAAAGAUCUUGCCGAAUUAAAAUCGGUGCCAAAGAAUGGAGAGACACCAGCUCAAUCAGAGAUGCCUUCUGGCAUUGCAGUUUUGAAGGCACUGCUCCAGAAAAGACAGUCCAAGGAGGGGCAGUGCUCUCAGGGAGAUAAUGGAUUAAACAGUGUUUCUAACACUAAAAAAGCUUCUGAAGUUGCAAAACCUAGAAAAGCAUCUUCAGCGACAUCAAGAAAGCCCAGAAUCCAGAGAGUGCCCAAAGAGUCGAAGCCAAGAAGUAAAAAAGGAAAGAAUGGCAAAACGGAAGACUCCGUUCGAUUGGAACCUCCGAUUUCAGACGGGAGCCCUGUGUUUUUAUCUGAUCCUGGUUUUGACAGCUCUUACUCCAUUGAAGAUAGCCUAUCUCCUGAGGUUCCUCACAAUUACAGUUUUGACAUCAACGCUGUUGGCCAGGCUGACUUUUCUAGCCUGUAUUCCGGUAGCCAGUUUGUUUUAACAGACAAGAACUUGCCUCAGAAGUUCCUCAGUGAUAACAAACAGGAACCAGUGUCCUCUCUGGAUUUGGAGAACGGUCAAGAAAAGGUCGUAGAUGUUGUAGAGAACUGCUUGCAUGAAUCGGAGAGGACAGGUAGCCCUGAGCUCUUUGAUAGGUCCUCUGGUGGAGAGCAUGAAGGUUUAUCGAAUGAGUUCUGUCUGUCUCUUCUGGACUCUGAGAAGGUUUUGAGAAACAGAAACUGGGGCAUUUCAUUGGCCAAAAUGCAUGGGAGCCACUUUCAAGACUUUCACUGUGAGAAAAGUGACCUGUUAUUACGUCCCGAUCACUUCUUACCCCUGACAUCCGUCUCCUUUGCUGAUAAUGGCGUGUCACCAACUGGGGAUUUGCUGGACGGUAGUGAGGUUUUUACAUCAACAACUCCCAGCAGUUCACCACGGUCUAUCAGCUCUCUCUCACAAAUAAGGGGUAGUAGUCAAGUUCAGAAGAAUGUAGGAGUUCAUAUCCUCAAGCCCCUAAUGUCCCCUCCUAGUCGGGAGGAGAUUCUUUCUACCCUGCUGGAGCUGGAUCUUUCAGAGGCCACCUAUCAAGAACCUUUCUGCAGUGACCCCUCUGAUCUGCCUUUGAGACCAAGAGAGAUCGGUGGGCGUAAGCUAAUUCUGGAAACAAGGUUGGCAAAAGAUUUGAGUGAGUUUGUUGGUGGGUUAUCACAAGAAGGUCUGCAAUUCUGGAAAACCGCGUUCUCUGCCAUGACACGUCCAGGCUCUUCACCCUCUUGUGGCACUGAUUCGUCAAACAUGGCCAAAGACACCAAGGAACAGAGCAGUCUGUCUCCCUCUAGUGGUCAGAAGGUCAUUUUACUGCCUUGUAAAAGUGCUCCAAGCCGGGAACGUGUACAACUAUGGUUGCAAGCUAAGAGACAAUUUGAGUGCCUUCAGAGAGAUCGGAAAAGAAGGCUCGGUGCGCCGAGUGUGAUCCCGGUCCAGGACGAGAAUAAAUUGCCACAGUCCGAAAGCAUUUCGCCUCUCUCUCAGAAGCAGGUGGAGGCAGCGUCAGCACUGCAGACUCUCAGGAAGAAGGAGUUAACUCUGCCGCUCAGUAUAUCUCCAGUAGAGGCAGGCGCCUCGAGCAAGGAGGUUAAAUGUGUCCUGGAAGCUGAAAUAACAGGGCAAGAUGGGAAUUCCAUCAAACAAACCCGAUCUCCAGACCCUUCCUUUCUACCAUCAUGGCACCAAAUGGACCUGAACAACAAGAAGGAGGAAUUAGGUGAUGGAUUAAUGUCCCCCAAGCUAGGCGUUGAUCCAUUCUCACCAGAAAGCAUUAAACCAAAGCAGUUUCUUAGUCCGUCCCCAUUUUCUCUAAAGGAGCAGGAUGAGGAGAGUUCAGGUCCCGCCGUCCUCCACAGUACCCCCAUCCUCAAGAGCAAGAACAGGAGCAGUGGAACCUCUCAGCUUACAGACUGCAGCCCUGGAUCAGAAGACACAGAGCCGAAAUCUCAGAGAUUCCAGCAAAGGAGAAACAGCAACAAGAGCGCACUGCGUCGAGUUCUGCUCACAACACAAAUGAAGAAUCAGUUCGCUGGUCUGAAUGUACCCAAAGGGGACAACUCUCAGAUCGAGGGUCCGUCGCUAUGCAACUCGUAUGGGUUCAAAGUCGGUAUGCAGAACCUACAGGAAGCUAAAGCGCUGCACGAGGUGCAGCACCUGACAGUGAUGGCUUUGGAGCUGCAUGCUCGGACACGCCGUGACCUGAAGCCUGACCCCGAGUUCGACCCCAUCUGUGCCUUAUUUUACUGCCUCAGCUCCGACACACCUCUUCCUGAAUCGGAGAAGAAACAGAUAACCGGCGCUGUGGUCAUUGAUAAAGACUGUCACUCCUCAGGACAAGGCUCCAGGAGCACAGCGCCCCUGCUGGUUCGAUCUGGUGUUGCAGAUCUGCAGGUCAUUUACACUGUUGAUGAGAAGGAGCUGUUUGAAGAAGUCUGCAAAAUAAUGAGGAAGUAUGAUCCUGAUAUUCUGGUUGGUUAUGAGGUUCAGAUGCACUCUUGGGGUUACCUGUUACAGCGAGCAUCAGCGCUCAGUGUGGAUCUGUGCCAACAAAUUUCCCGAGUGCCAGGUGAUACCAAGGAGAACCGCUUCUCUGAGGAUAAAGACGAGUAUGGGACUGAGGUGAUGUCCGAGAUCCACAUCGUCGGGCGCAUCACCAUCAACCUGUGGAGGAUCAUGAAGACCGAGGCAGCGUUGAAUAACUACACCUUUGAGAGUGUAGCGUUUCACCUGCUGCAUCAGCGUUUCCCUCUUUACACACACCGAACUCUCUCUGACUGGUUCGACCACAACACACACCUCUACAGGUGGAAGGUGGUGGACCACUACAUGAGCCGUGUCUGUGGUGUGAUGCAGCUCCUGAAGCAGAGAGAUGUUGUGGGUCGCACCAGUGAGUUUGCCCGAGUGUUUGGGAUUCAGUUCUACCACGUCCUCACACGAGGCUCCCAGUACCGUGUUGAGUCGAUGAUGUUGCGCAUUGCUAAGCCGUUGAACUUCAUAGCGGUGAGCCCGAGCGUGUCUCAGCGAGCCCAGCAGAGGGCGCCUCAGAGUGUGCCGCUGAUCUUGGAGCCGGAGUCUCGUUUCUAUAGUAACUCGGUGCUGGUGCUGGACUUCCAGUCUCUCUACCCGUCUGUGGUCAUCGCCUACAACUACUGCUACUCCACCUGCCUGGGCCAUGCCCACAACCUCGGAACGUCUGAUGAGUUUAAGUUUGGUUGUACGUCUCUGCGUGUUCCUCCUGAUCUCCUCUAUCAGCUCCGUAAUGACAUCACCAUCUCUCCGAAUGGAGUAGCCUUUGUGAAGGCGUCUGUGCGUAAAGGACUGCUCCCCCGGAUGUUGGAGGAGAUCCUACACACUCGUUUGAUGGUGAAGUCGGUGAUGAAGUCGUACGGCGGUGAUGAAGCUUUGCUCCGCCUCCUUGAUGCUCGUCAGCUCGGCCUCAAGCUCAUCGCUAACGUCACCUUCGGCUACACCGCAGCAGCCUUCUCUGGACGCAUGCCCAGUGUGGAGCUUGGAGACAGCAUCAUACACAAAGCCAGAGAGACGCUGGAGAGAGCCAUCAAACUGGUCAAUGACACCAAGAAGUGGGGGGCAAGAGUGGUGUACGGAGACACGGACAGUAUGUUUGUGUUGUUGAAGGGAGCGACUAAAGAGCAGGCGUUUAAGAUCGGGCGUGAGAUCGCUGAAGCAGUGACUGCCACCAACCCCAAACCCAUAAAACUCAAAUUUGAGAAGGUGUACCUGCCGUGUGUGUUACAGACUAAGAAGCGUUAUGUAGGCUACAUGUACGAGUCUCUGGAUCAGAAGGACCCGGUGUUUGAUGCUAAAGGCAUCGAGACCGUACGCCGUGACGGCUGUCCUGCUGUUGCCAAGAUCCUGGAGCGGUCAGUGAAGCUGUUGUUUGAGACGAGGGACAUCUCUCUGGUGAAGCAGUAUGUCCAGAGGCAGUGUGUGAAGGUUCUGGAAGGACGAGCCAGUUUACAGGAUCUGACCUUCGCUAAAGAGUACAGAGGGAGUGCCUCCUACAGGCCAGGAGCAUGUGUACCUGCACUGGAGCUGACCAGGAGGAUGAUGUCACAUGACCGUCGUUGGGAGCCACGAGUUGGUGAGCGUGUGCCGUACGUCAUUGUGUACGGUUCUCCUGGGGUUCCUCUGAUCCAGCUGGUGCGACACCCCCUGGAUGUUCUGCAGGAUCCUGCACUUCGCCUCAACGCUAUUUACUACAUCACUAAACAGAUCCUCCCUCCUCUUGCUCGCAUCUUCAACCUGAUCGGGGUCGACGUCUUCAGCUGGUACCACACCCUGCCACGGGUGCAGAAGUGGUCCUCAUGUCCAGGAGGUGGUGGUGGUGGAGGCGGUGCUGUAGGGGAGGAGUCUCUGAGGAAGGGGACGAUCUCUCAGUACUUCACCACGCUGCACUGCCCGGUGUGUGAUGAACUGACCCAGCUGGGAGUGUGUGAGCGCUGCAGGGCCGAACCUCAGCGCGUCGCCGUGACGCUGCAUCACAACCUCCGAGUGUGGGAGCAACAACAUGACCAGCUCCUAAAGGUGUGUAUAAGCUGCAGCGGCAGUGCAGACAGACAGGCUGUCUGUGUCUCUCUCGACUGUCCAGUCUUGUAUAAACUGUCCCGGGUGAACAGACAGCUCCACAACGCCCCCUACCUGCGACAACUCCUGCAACAACUCUAACACCACCUGUCUGUCUCUCUCUCUCGCUCUCUCUGUCUGUCUGUCUCUCUUUCAGUUAGCGUGGUGCUACGACGUCAGUGUUUUUGUGAUUCAGUAUAAAGCGGUGCUGUGUGUGUGUGUGUGUGUGUGUGUUUAUAACUCGCAUCAGAUCGGAGUUGGCGGUCAUUCGGACAUUUUGCAUGCGAGUGCGAGUUUUUGCACCGUCCAAUCGGAGACGUCUCCGCAACCCCAGGCUCCGCCCCCUCGUGUGUGUGUGUGUUUUUUCUUUAUUCUGAUGCUUCACAGUCUCUCUGUAACUCUUUAUUAUAAAGUAUUAGACCUCGAGUCCGGUCCUGACCCAGCCGCGUCUUUUAACGUUAACGUGUAAAUAAAAGCUGUACAGUGACCGACGGUCCGGUCGCUCACACCGACGUCCCGGUCAGGAACGGGACGUGUUUUUAAAGCGCCAGAUCAAAGCCGCUGACUCUUCAGGACACGCCCACCUUUCAGGGUCCCGUGUUUUUGGACAGAUUUGAUACAGUGUUAUAAACGGAGUAUUUCUUAAAGCGGCCGUUUGUGUAAAUAGGGGGUUUAAUCCGAGACUAAAGAUCUGGACUGCAAGUCUGUAUUUUUCACCACUUCCUGUUUCAGGGGGGUUUUUUUGGUUUCACGUCACUGUGGAUUUCUGGAGAAAACACUAAUAACUGCGUUUUUUAAAUAAAAAAAACCAACAAAAUAACAGAAAGGCGUUUCUAAGCUUUGUGUAAAACCUGAAUGUGUGUUGGUCAUGAGCUGUAUAAAGAAAAGAGAAGAAGAGUGUGUAUCUGUAAACUUGUACAAAGUCUGUGACUUCCGUUUUGUUGUGUUUGUUUUUUUUAAUAGAUGUCGUGCCAUGAUAUGACAACAAAUUGAUUUAAUUAAAUGUGACGUAUUCAACUGGUU